AUGGACAGGAGCAGUAUGUAUACGGGUUUGGGGGAAGCGGACGAAGGGACGGGCAUCAUUGAUUUUGAGGACAUGAAUAACCAGAGACUGACAGAUGCUGAUGCCCAAAUAGACCUUUCAGUGACCGAAAAAAGCAAGUCGUUUGAAGUACUUCCUGAGUCGGAUGAUCCCACUCGAAAUCUUCAAUUUCCUUUGAUCUCCUCGUCUGAACCACCAACCAAAAUUCCGAAGCACCACAUAAAAGAAAUGUGGUUUCAGGCUCCCUGGUACGUGAGAAUACGGUGUAGAUUCUUGGCUUCAGAAUACCAACCUUUCCAGUGUGGAACAAUUCAAGGGUUUUUAGGACUCUUCCAUGAGCGAAUGCGGCAUUUCACCUCCUUCCCAUACAUGAUUCACCCAUACAGUGACUUUAUUACCUAUUGGAACUUUUUCCUUGGUUUCAUACUGGCAGCUAACAUCAUCUACAGCCCCUACUUGAUUGCUUUCAAUGUCAACAUGUUUGUCCGACAACCAAUCCUUUCAAUAAACUUGGCCAUUACAACAUUCCUAUUGUUUGAUGUGCUACUCAACUUUGUUACUGGAGUUCGCGACCAGUACUCUGGAAAAAUUGUUUUCGACCCUCGAAUUAUCGUAUGGCGAUAUUUGAAAGGAUGGUUUCUGUUUGAUCUCGUCUCACGAGUUCCGAUUGAUGCAAUUCUAACUCUGCGGUUGACCGAAGAUCAGAAGAACGUCAAAACCAAUCUGGAAGUGAUUCGAAUUGUGGCUCUGAUAACAAGGACUUUUAGAUACAGAAAAGUGUACGAGAUCCUGUCCAGAAUUUCAGAGAUUCUCGCAUUCAGAAGCAUAGUCUAUCCUUGGCUGUUGAAGCUGGUGAUUCUGGUUUUGUACUGCAUUCACUGGAUGGCUUGUUUCCACUGGCUCCUUCCAGACAUUGUCAACGCUCGCUACCCCACGCCCAAACCGAAGAGCUGGGUAACCGCUUACAAUUUGUGGCACAAAUCAAACUUUCAAAAAUAUAUCAACGCCUACUUGCGAUCACUCUCAAAUCUGCUUACGUUGGAUGGGGGCAACUUUAUUCCACGAGAAGUUGAAGAAAUUAUGUGCACCAUAAUUGGAAUAUUCUUAAACUUAUCACUUUUCGGCUAUUUCAUCUCAAGCUUCACUACAAUAAUGGGUCAACUGAAUGCGUCGACAGAAAAAUUUGAGCACACGUUCGAAAUGAUUCAUGAUUAUCUGACCUUCAAAAAGAUACCCAUGGUGCUUCAAGAAAAGGUUGUAACCUACUUUGAAAGAAAACACCGCGGUCACAUGUUUUCCGACGCUGCAAUAAUGUCAACCUUGUCUCCCUCCCUGAGAACUGAACUCGCAUGUCACAACUGCAGAACUCUGAUUGAGAAGGUGCCGAUAUUUCAAAAAAUUCCGGCUGGGAUAGUCGUAAACUUGGCACAGAAACUGGAAUACGACGUGUACGUUCCUGGAGAUGUUCUGGUAACAGCUGAAACUCAAGGGGAUGCCAUGUUUUUCAUUCAAAAUGGUGAAGUUCAUGUCCUGGAUAUUUUCGGCACUAAAAUAACCUCUUUGAGGGACGGGGAGUUUUUCGGAGAAAUGUCCUUGAUCACGAAUGAAAGAACAAGGCAAAGUGUAGUUGCCAAGGUCCCAUGCGAGAUUUACAAGCUUUCCAAGGCAAAUUUUCGAGAAACAGUGGAAACAUCUCCGGAAGUUUUUGACCGAAUUGCUGAAGUUGCUCGGGACAAGUUGGACGCAGAGAGAAGACUUGCAGAGGAAGAGUCACGAAGAGCGGACGAACUUAGAAAUUGGAAAAAUGCAAAGAAACAAAUUGAAGAGAGCAUCAAGAGAACCAACGAAAUUGUGAUUGACGAGAGUGGGAUUGAGCUUAUUGGUGGGGAAGAGGACCCAGAAAAUCAGGACGAACAAACCCUAAUAGCGUCUAUUCCUACUGACUCUCCCGAGGAAGUUGUAAUAAUUGCACAGGAGCCAACUCAAUUUUCAGCAGUACCGCAAUCUGUUGGUCUAAACGAGAGAAUUAUUCAAAUUACUGACCCCACAAUUGUUGGAGCUGGUGAACCGACGACUGCAACCGCUGAAGAACCGGAAGAACAAGUAUUGAACCAAGAAUUGGAAAUUGGGGAAGAAAUCAGUAGUAGCAGUAGCAGCUCCGAUGAUUCCACUUCUGGGAGUACAGAAUCUGAAUCAGGCUCAUCCGAAGAUGACGACGACGACACCAACACUUCUAGAGCUCGAAACUAAAGAUGGUAUUUAUUCCAAUAUUCCAAUUUUUCAUCAGAUACAUGUACCAUAUUCUAUCCUUUUCCACUUUUUUGAAAAAACAAAAUUACUAAAACGCGUAAAAUUAAGAGUGAUCAUAUUUUGGACGGCUAAC